AUGGAGAAACCUUGGGAGUUUUUUUCUUUGGAUUUUGAUUUUGAUUGGUGGCUUUUGGUAACGAAGAAACGAGGGGGUUUUCGAGUGGGAGGUCAAAGAAUAACGGGAAGUGCCGUUAGAGAGGCCAAUGAAGCACUCGAGAACGAGUACAACAGCUAUGCCCGUCGCAAGCCCCGACUCUCUCCUUCGUAUGGAGUCCCACCUGGUGUGACUCGUCCAUCUGAGGAAUUCGGCGGCGGUGGUGAUGGUUAUGGGUAUGAGAAGCCUCAGCCCAAUUCUGGGUUUCAGCCCGGGAUGAAUCGACCUGGUGGUGGCGCUGGGUUCGGAUCUGAAUACGAAUCUGGGUAUGGUCGGAAGCCGGAAUACGAGAGGCCCACAUCAGAAUAUGGAUCUGAGUAUGGUCGGAUGCCGGAAUACGAGAGGGCAACCUCAGAAUAUGGAUCUGGCUGUGGAGGGAGGAGUGAGUAUGAGAAACUCAGUUCCGACUAUGCAUCUGGGUAUGGGAGGAAAAGUGAAUAUGAGGAGCCCAACUCGGAGUAUGGAUCUGGGUAUGGUGGCUCCGGUUAUGGACGGAAGGAGGAACACAGUUCAGAUUAUGGAUCUGGGUAUGGAAGAAAGAGCAAGUACGAGGAGCCCAGUACGGAAUACCGGCGGAAGACCAGUUAUGGGGAGGAGGAGGGCGGUGGUGGAUAUGGGUCCGGUCCGGUUGGAGGCCUGAGAGGACAGAGUACAGGAGGCUAG